CACCUGGAUCCCAAUCCUGACUGAAAGUCUCUGCAGUUCCUAGAGCUGCCGCGGGCGGCAGCAGCGGAGCGGAAAUCCGCUCAGAGGAGAAGAAGAAGCAAGCAGCGUGUCGUCAUGGACACGGUUUGUUUCCUAUCCGAGACACGGCGGCGGAGUGAGAGCACCUGAACUCAGCAGGUGGUGGGGAUGUCACAGCACGACGUCAUUGACUUCUCAGCGUUGGAGAGAGAGCUGCAGGCGGCGGUCGAGUCCGAGCGGAGAAACCGGCGCGAGAACGAAGCCAAGCUGAGAGCCGUCGGCCAGAGAGUCGCCUACGACCAGUUCAGAGACCUGGUCCUGGCCUGCCACCUGAAACCUCUGGAGAAGAAAGAUAAAGAUGGAGCUCCACGGAAACAGCCCUGGAACCCUGUUGCCCCGAGCAACAAGUGACUCACCUGGACCGACGUGGACCGACGUGGACUGCUGUGGACCGCUGUAACCCACAGACUGUUUUAUAGUCCUGUGAUGUCAGAACAUGUGACGCAUGCUGAAAGCUGUAAACAGGAAAUGAGAUCACAUAUAAACAGAACAGAUGGCUCAGGUAUAAAUUUCAUAAUAAACAUGAAGACCAUGAA